AUGGGUGAUGGCAAAAGAAGUUUACGGAGAAGUUUAACCAGUGUCAAAUUUGGAACUCUAUUAAAAGUCUUUGCCGACAAAGCUUCAAUCGCUGGUCGGCAAUUAGUUCUAGUAGACCCAAAGAACACAACACAAAGAUGUUCCGAUUGUCAAAAAUUAGCAAUUCCUAAAUUAGAAUUAAAGGAUAGAAUAUUUAAAUCAGAAAGGGUUCGACAAGAACCUUCCUUGGAGUUUGAUGGUGAAAAACUAACUGUCCCUCCCACAAAAAGAGGAAAAUAUUUAAACCAAGAAAUAAAAGAAAAAAUUAAAUUUGAUUCACCGCCUCAUUGUCUUGAGGAAAUCGAAGAAGAUGAGGAACUAUGUCACAGUUAUGACUGCAACAAACACUACGAUAAA